GCACGAGAGGGACGGGGUUGGUUGGGGAGGGGGGGUGCGUUGCAGCACACUCGUGCGUAAAUGUGAGCAUCCUCGCCGCGCUCCCCUCCAUCCCUCCGUCCUCUGUCUCCCAGCCUGGUAUCGGCUCCUCUCUCUCCUCCUGUCAGCCGGGAUCACCUGCAUCGGUGGUCGGUGCGCACUCACCGUGGAGUCCCGCGUGUCUCGGCUCGGCGCCCUCCUCCAGGGGUUAGGGGGAGCGCCGGGGACCUCGUCCAGGUUCCUGCCGGGCUUCGUGUCCACGGCGGCGGAGAACCAUGGCUCGGAGCGGCGGGAGAGACGCGGCUCGACCCGCUCUCGGAUGCCGGUGAUGCGGGGUCUGAUGGCGCCACAGAACACCUUCUUGGACACCAUCGCCACUCGUUUCGACGGGACCCACAGUAACUUCGUCCUCGGGAACGCUCAGGUCCAGUGCCUCUAUCCCAUAGUCUACUGCUCCGAUGGCUUCUGCGAGCUGACCGGCUUUGCCCGUGGCGAGCUGAUGCAGAAGAGCUGCAUGUGUCACUUCCUGUACGGUACGGAGACCAGCGACAGCCUCACCUCCAAGAUGCAGAUAGCCCUCGAUGAGCGUCGAGAGUUCAAGACUGAGAUCAUCCUGUACAAGAAGAGCGGCUCUAAGUUCUGGUGUCUGCUCGACAUUGUGCCCAUAAAGAACGAGAAGAGCGAGGUGGUUCUGUUCCUGGUCUCGCACAAGGACAUCACCGAAAACAAGGACCUGGACCAUGGCAACGAAUCUGACACUGAUGCAGAGACCGGGCUGGAGAUCCACCAGGUCAACCGACCUCCGGGCGUCAACAUGGAGCGCCGCCGCAGCCGGGCUGUCCUCUACCAGCUGUCUGGACACCUACAGAAACAGGACAAAACCAAGAGCAAGCUGAAGAUCAACAACAGCGUCCUUGGAGCCAACGCCAACCCGGUGCCGGAGUACAAGGUGGCCGACGUCCAGAAGUCCCGCUUCAUCCUCCUUCACUACGGCGCGUUCAAGGCCGGCUGGGAUUGGCUGAUCCUGCUGGCCACCUUCUACGUGGCCGUCACCGUGCCCUACAACGUCUGCUUCACCGCCGUGGAGAUGCGAGAGGAUGGCGGCUCGGCGGCGCGUAACCCCCCGAGUGUCAGCGACAUCUUGGUGGAGAUACUUUUCAUCAUUGAUAUCGUGCUGAACUUCAGAACCACCUACGUGAGCACGUCCGGGCAGGUGGUGUACGACCCCGGCUCCAUCUGCAUCCACUACGUCACAUCCUGGCUGUUCGUGGAUCUGAUCGCUGCCCUGCCCUUUGACCUGCUCUAUGCCUUCAAUAUCAGUGUGAACUUCGGGGUCCACCUGCUGAAGACGGUGCGCCUCCUCCGCCUCCUGCGCCUCCUGCAGAAGCUGGAUCGCUACUCCCAGUACAGCGCCGUGGUCCUCACCCUGCUCAUGUCCACGUUCGCCCUGCUGGCCCACUGGAUGGCCUGCGUGUGGUACUUCAUCGGACGCAGCGAGAUCGAGAGCAACAGCCCCACCUCCUGGGAUAUAGGCUGGCUCCACGAGCUGGCCAAACGCUUGGGAACACCAUACUUCCUGGCACCGCUGACAUCUCUGUUGGGAGUCUCGGAUUCCCCUCAAGGCGCCACGACAGCCGGACUGGCCAACUACAGCCAGUGGAACGUGUCGGGUUUGGAGCCGCUGAGCAGCGGGGCCGCUUUGCUGGGUUCGGGCCAAUGGAACGGCAGCCGGACCAGAGCGAAGACGCCAAACGGCUCGGGGACGACGCUGAGCGGCGGGCCGUCCGUCAGGAGCUCCUACGUGACGUCGCUGUACUUCGCUCUGAGCAGCCUGACCAGCGUGGGCUUCGGCAACGUGUCGGCCAACACGGACUCCGAGAAGAUCUUCUCCAUAUGCACCAUGCUGAUUGGAGCAUUAAUGCACGCUGUGGUCUUCGGUAACGUGACCGCCAUCAUCCAGAGGAUGUACUCGCGCCGCUCCCUCUACCACACCCGCACCAAGGAUCUGAAGGACUUUAUCCGGGUGCACCGGCUGCCCAAAGCUCUUGAGCAACGCAUGAUGGAGUGCUUCCAGACAACGUGGUCUGUAAACAACGGUAUCGACGUCAGCGAGCUGCUGAAGGACUUCCCAGAUGAGCUGAGGGCGGACAUCGCCAUGCACCUGAACAAAGAGCUGCUGGAGCUGCCGCUCUUCGAGUCGGCCAGCAGGGGCUGCCUGCGCUCCCUCUCCCUCAUCAUCAAGACCUGCUUCUCGGCUCCUGGGGAGUUCCUCAUCCGCCAAGGAGACGCCCUCCAGGCCAUCUACUUUGUUUGCUCAGGCUCCAUGGAAGUGCUGAAGGACAACACCGUGCUGGCCAUUCUGGGUCGGGGUGACCUGAUUGGCUCUGAUUGUCUGACAAAGGAGGAAGUGAUUAAGACCAAUGCCUGUGUGAAGGCCCUGACCUACUGCGACCUGCAGUACAUCAGCCUCAAAGGCCUCCGCGAGGUGCUCUGUCUCUACCCUGACUACGCCCAGAAGUUCAUCACCGAGAUCCAGCACGAUCUGACCUACAACCUGCGGGAGGGACACAACACUGAGGCAGACUGCGAGAGCAACGGGGGGAUCCUGAAGAAGCUCCCGUCCAUCAAGGAGGACGAGGAGGGAUCAGGAUCCGAGGGCGAGCACUCCCCUCACCCGCAGAUGCCCCCCCUCGGCAGGCUGGGCCGAGGCCUGCGCUCCCCCCUGCGCUCCCCCCUGCGCUCGCCACUGCUGCCGGCCAGAACCUUCAGGCCGCCGAGCGACCACGGCCAGCCCGCCAGCCUGCAGAUCCCUGUGGUGAGCUUCAGCUGCGUGCAGCCGGACCUCAGCCCAAGGUUUGUGGAUGGGAUUGAGGCGGAAAACCAAAGCGGCUCGGGUCACAAGUUUGACUUUUCUCCCAGUGCGACUCAGAGUUUCCUGCCCAGCCCGGACUCAGCUACCUCAAGGACCCGUGACGAGGCUGACACCAUGCAGACUAUCGCUAAGCUGAAACACGAGAUGAGCGUCCUCUCCCGCCAGGUGACCUCCGUCAGUCAGGAGCUGCAGGAAGUGACGCGCCUCCUCAAACCCCUCUUCCACAACACCUCCACGCUGCUGAUGCCCAGUGCCGUGACUCCGCCCCCCAGCGUGUCCUCGCACGGUUGCUCCCCCGCCCCUGCCCUUCUCACCCAACAUGCACCUGCGCACUACCCGGACUGUCAAAAUCCCCCACCUAUCUUGGUACCUGAACCGUCCUCUCCUCCGCCGAGCAUGACGAAGGUGCUGCUGGAAAAGUUUGACCCGCUUCAGUGUCCGCCCUUCCAAACCAUCUCCCCCGAGAACCCUUAUCAGACCAGAACCGCCCCCCUCGCCUCUCAUUGUUCAGCUCCCCCGUCACUCAACAGCUCCCCCCAUGAGCACGCAGUUGCGCAGCAUCCCUACCCCUGCGGCUCCAUCCCCUCCCUGUCCUCAUCGAGCCACCUGUCCUCCAUCACCCCCCUUUUGGUGGAUCUAUCGGGACCUGGUAGCGAGCCACAAACACAGCCUCGGUACCAUCUCCCGCCCCUGUCCCAGUCUGAGUCCCACCUCCAGCUCCAGCCCGAGUCCCAGUCCAUAUCCUGGUCGUAUCCACAUUCCCUCUCCCAGCCUCAGCUCCAGACCCCUCUCCAGCCCUCGGGCAUGGCCUCGCACCCCGAGAACCCCUGAGAAACCUGCAGGAGGUGGCGUGGAGGGAGCACGCCGCACAGCUGAGGGUCACCGAUGAAGGCCAGCCCUCGGAUCCGGAUAUUGGCACUGGACUGAAAGACAAAGCAACCAGCAUGCCGCACAAUUACUGCAUGACUAACAUUUGCCCGGAGUUUGGCAUGUGAAUUUAGAUGUAAAUACAUUUGAAAUGGUUCUUAACUACGAUCAUGAGCACCAGUUGUGAACAGAUCUGAAAAUAAAUUGUUUGUUUUACAGUUUC